ACUAAAGCCCCCAUCACUUCCCCACUCCUCUGUCCGCUCACUGCGCAGUCCACACUCGGAAAUGUCGGCGACGGCGUUGGCGAUCGCGAUGAGGCUGCCCUACUCUGCUGCCACCGCCGCUCCCGCCGGCAAGGCGCAUUGCCCGCCGGUGUCGCUCCGGCGGAGGACUGCCGUCGUGAAGGCGGCGGGGAGGACGCGCAUCCACCGGCUGAUCGAGGAGGAAGGGACGGUGCUCAUGCCGGGCUGCUACGACGCCCUCUCGGCGGCCAUCAUCCAGAAAUCGGGCUUCAGCGCCGGCUUCAUCUCCGGUUACGCCGUCUCCGCUUCCCUCCUCGGCAAGCCGGACUUCGGCCUCCUCACGGCGCCGGAGAUGGCGGAGACGGCACGAUUCGUGUGCGCGGCGGCGCCGCUCAUCCCCAUUAUCGUCGAUGCCGAUACGGGAGGUGGCAAUGCUCUCAAUGUUCAAAGGACCGUUAAAGAUUUAAUUGCCGCUGGUGCUGCUGGUUGCUUUCUUGAGGAUCAACGAUGGCCAAAGAAAUGUGGGCACAUGCGUGGCAAACAGGUGAUAUCAGCAGAGGACCAUGCAGCAAAAAUAGCAUCCGCAAGAGAUGUUAUUGGUGAUAGUGACUUUUUUCUUGUUGCUCGAACUGAUGCUCGUGCAACCUCUGCUAAGUCGGGUUUGUCUGAUUCUAUUUCACGGGCUAACCUCUAUAUGGAGGCAGGAGCAGAUGCCUGCUUUGUGGAGGCACCGAGGGAUGAUGAUGAACUCAGGGAAAUUGGCAGGAGGACAAAAGGUUACAGGGUCUGCAACAUGCUUGAAGGUGGAGUUACACCCUUGCACACGCCACAGGAGCUCAAAGCAAUUGGUUUCCAUCUCAUUGUGCAUCCUCUUACAGCUCUUUAUGCAUCUGCACGCUCAUUGAUUGACAUUCUCAAGGUUUUGAAGGAGGCAGGAACCACCAGAGAUCAGCUCCACAAGCUUUCUACAUUUGAGGAGUUCAACAAGUUGAUUGGAUUGGAAUCCUGGUUUGAACUUGAAUCUCGAUAUUCUAAAGUCAAAAGUUCUGUUGAAGUCUGAAGAACUGUAAAAAUGUCCGGAAUUUUUGUGGAACAUCAACGCUUCAUGUUCCGUUCAUUAGAUUUUCAUCUAAAAGUUUUAGUGGUUACCAUCUCCAAUCCACUGAUCAAAUUUUUGAAAAGAAGUUUGUUCUUAGUUUUGCUAUUACUAAAGCACAUGCGGAGUUUAUUCAUAUCCUUGAAGCUAAAUUUAUAUGGA